AUAUACUUUAACCUACAUAAGCCUACAACAGGAAGUGUUUCCUAAUCAUAGAAUACAUUUACUACCAAAUUUGAGGCAAGCAGCUUCCUCCUACGUAAAGUGGGGAAUAUAUUAGUACCUCCUUCCUAGGGUUGAUGUAAACUUAAAGUUAGAUGCUCAUAAGCAACUUGACUCAGUGCCUGGUGUAGGAGCUUCACUCAAAUGUUAGGAUAACUCGACCCAUUUGGAAGGGCUGGGAGGAUGGGGUGCGGGGAACAGGUGGCUAACUGGUUGGAAAGGGCAACAAGAUAUUCUCAGUGAUGUAGGAGUGAGGGCAUCCCUGAGCACAGGCCUCACCGUCCAGGGCAGGCAGGUACGACCAGCAGGCUCACCCAGUGUAGAUACAGGCUGGCUGGCUUAUGGCCAGCAAAAUGUGUUUCCCUUUGCCUGGAAACCAGGAGGUGUGGCUGAGGCAGGGCAUGGAGGGGAGCAGAGCCACUAAAAAGUGGUGGAGAGGAGCCUGCUCUGGACUUCUCUGGCUCCCCCAAAUGCUGGGUACCAACGCCCCCUGGGUUGAAGGAGACGAGUGGGGAACCACCUGGGAAGAACACUUCACGAGCGAAGGCUUGAAAAGGUCUUGGGUCCUUACUGCUUAUUGAGAGUCUGGGGCUCGGCUCAGCCCUGGGACAAGAGGUGAGACGGAAGCUGAAUGCCUUAGGAAGAGUUCCCCCAAACCAUCAGGUGCUGCACGUGGGCUCCUGCUGUAAACCAGAGCCCUGGGUUACCAAGCCCCUGGGAUCGGUGGUGGAGAUAGAACAAAGGGUAACCACACACACCCCCAGCACAGGUUUGGACCAGGCCCCAGUAAAAAUGCCCGCCGCCUGAGCUUCAGACCAUGUACUCGUACAGCUGCCUGGCAUCCGGGGAGGGCGCCUGGCCUCCGCUGCAGCCCCUCACCUACACCUACCUGCCCGGCUCUCUGCUGCUGCCCCCCAUCCACGCCCACAGCUUCUGCAGUCGGCCCCCCAGCCUGACCGCAGGUGAGUGGCCGGGUCCGCGGGAAUAUCACUGCUUCCAUGGCUCAGGCGCGCCCCUGGCCGCAACGCUGUCCUCAUGGGCCUUCCCGCAGGCCUACGCCGCGGCCCUGCACCCGCCUUUCCCGGUGCCCGGCUACCUGGGGCCAUCGCUACAAGGGCCCGCGGCGGAAGGGACGGCGGCUGCCCACCGCGGGGCGCCGUGGCCCGAGGGCUGGAGCAUGCACACCGAGCUGCGCUGGGGAUGCGUGGACCGCGCGCACGGCCCGCGCCUCGAGCUGCCGGAUGUGGUGCGCCGGGAGCUGCGGCGUGUGUACGGCACGUACCCGCGCACAGACGUGCGCGUCACCUACCUCGGAGGCCAGUUCCUGCUUCAGGGCGCGCCGCACAUCCCCGAGCCCCAGUACCGUGUGCAGAGGCGUGUGCUGCGGCCGCCCGCCAGCAACGACGGCGGCGACAGCAGCCUGGCCGCGGAAGCGGCGGAUCGUGGCCGCCGGAGGAAGAGGAAAGGCCCGAGCUGAGGACGCCACAGGGCCCGGCGGCUGGCCCGAGGAGAGAGCAUGGAGCUGGAGAGGAUUGUCAGUG